AUGGAGGAGGCGGUGGCUGUGCCUUCAGCUGCUGGGACAGGGCUGCGGGCAGACAGGACCAUCCCCUCCUCCUCGCAGAGGCAGGUCUGUGAUUCAGACACGAGGCUGGACCCCAUGGCACUGCUGGAGCUGGUGCGGGUGCUGGAUGAGGACCCCCGGGUAGGAGCUGUUGGGGGGGACGUGCGGAUCCUGAACCCUCUGGACUCGUGGGUCAGCUUCCUGAGCAGCCUGCGGUACUGGGUGGCCUUUAAUGUGGAGCGGGCUUGUCAGAGCUACUUUCACUGCGUGUCCUGCAUCAGUGGCCCCCUAGGCCUAUACAGGAACAACCUCCUGCAGCAGUUCCUCGAGGCCUGGUACAACCAGAAGUUCCUGGGCACCCACUGCACUUUUGGGGAUGACCGGCACCUCACCAACCGCAUGCUGAGCAUGGGCUAUGCCACCAAGUACACCUCCCGGUCGCGCUGCUACUCGGAGACCCCGGCGUCCUUCCUGCGCUGGCUCAGCCAGCAGACGCGCUGGUCCAAGUCCUACUUUCGCGAGUGGCUGUACAACGCGCUGUGGUGGCACCGGCACCACGCGUGGAUGACCUACGAGGCGGUGGUGUCGGGCCUCUUCCCCUUCUUCGUGGCGGCCACGGUCCUGCGGCUCUUCUACGCCGGCCGCCCCUGGGCGCUGCUGUGGGUGCUGCUGUGCGUGCAGGGCGUGGCGCUGGCCAAGGCGGCCUUCGCGGCCUGGCUGCGGGGCAGCGCGCGCAUGCUGCUGCUGUCGCUCUACGCGCCCCUCUACAUGGGGGGCCUGCUGCCCGCCAAGUUCCUGGCGCUGGUCACCAUGAACCAGAGUGGCUGGGGCACCUCGGGCCGCCGGAAGCUGGCCGCCAACUACAUCCCGCUGCUGCCCCUGGCCCUCUGGGCUUUGCUGCUGCUCGGCGGCCUGGUGCGCAGCGUGGCGCAGGAGGCCCAGGCCGACUGGAGCGGCCCCUCGCGCGCUGCCGAGGCCCGUCACCUGGCCGCCGGGGCGGGCGCCUACGUGGGCUACUGGGCGCUCAUGCUGACGCUCUACUGGGUGGGCGUGCGGAGGCUCUGCCGGCGGCGGGCAGGGGGCUACCGCGUCCAGGUGUGAGUCCGGGCACACGGGCGGCCGGCCCAGAGGUCUUCCAGGAAGGCGACAGGAGCCCUACCGGACCCCAGGAGACACAGACUUGCUGGGCGACAAUAUGGACCACAGUUUCCCGCCUCUGUGGAGUGAAGAGGGGGAAGGGGUCGACCAAAGAUUCUUCAGCCUGGACUGUUUGGGGGCUGGGACUUCUGGAUCUCUGGGGAACGGGUAUUUAUUGAUCAGGGUGUGUGUGGAUUUUUAGGGGCAGAGGGAGAAGGGUCCCCAGAUGCUGUUCUGGGUCUCCCGCUUUCCCCCCGCCUUUAUUUAAUUUCCAUUUGUACUGUGUGAUUAGGAUAUAAUAGAGAAUUUUAUUUAUUUUCUUCUGA